UACGAGAGUUCUAUCAAGACUUUCAGCACGGUUGAAACGGUAGAAGAAUUCUGGGCGACUUACAAUUUUCUCAAACGGCCUAACGAUUUGCCGUCAACUACAGAUUAUCACUUCUUUCGCAGCGGAAUCAAACCGACUUGGGAAGAUCAAAGCAACGCGAAGGGCGGCAAAUGGAUCGUCCGUUUUCCCAAGGGUCUCGCAAGCCGCUUCUGGGAGGAGAUUCUUCUCGCGCUGAUCGGAUGCCAGUUCACUGGAGUUCCCGACGGUGAAAUCUGCGGGGCUGUCUUGUCCAUUCGCCAUUCGGAAGACAUUAUUGGGAUCUGGAAUCGCACGUCCGUGGACCGGGAUAUCAUUGAGCGUAUUCGGGAUGCUCUCAAAAAGAUUCUGCAGCUUCCGUCGCAUGCGCAGAUGGAGUACAAGCCGCAUCAGACUUCAAUGCAGGAUCGGACGUCCUUUCGCAAUACG